CGCCAGCAGCCUCGCCUUGACGGGUCGUCGGCAGGCCGGCCGGGACGGCGCGGCUCACCUCGCCUCACCCCCGCGCGCCAGCUAUAAAACCUGUCCGCCUGCUCGCCCCCCAGCUGACCACGCCACCUCCACUCCACCGCGACGCCAGAGGCCGGAGCUAGCACCAGAGCCAGCCGAAGGCCAAGAAGGACGCGCGCUCGCCCCUCUCGUUCUCGAUCCCGGGCUCCGAUCAGCAGCAAGACGGCGGCGGAGAUGGUGGCGGCGAUCGCGGUGGCCUCGGCGGGCCUGGGGAUGCUGGCGGGCGUCGCGAUGGCCAGCAGGUCGCCCUCGUCCUCGUCGGAGGGAGCCGCGCAGUGGAGGCCCGGCCCGGCCGCGCUGCGGUGGGGCGGCGGGGGCGCGCCGCGGUGCGAGGCGUGCGGCGGCUCGGGCAAGGAGGAGUGCCGCCUGUGCGCGCGCUGGUCCGACGCCGGGGCCAGGGGGAGCCGCCGGUCCGGGUGCGGGGCGUGCGCGGGCACGCGCCGGGCGCCGUGCCGGAGCUGCGGCGGGUCCGGGACCGGGCGGCGCGCGCCCGUGCGGGUCGCCACCUCCGCGCGCGCGGCCCCGACCGCCAGGGCCGCCCGAUGAGAUGACACGACCCGACCCCGUCGCGGCGACGCCUCCUCGCCUCUUGGCCUCUCCUCGACCCGGCUCCCGGAUCAUGGAUGAAGGCUCUGUCCUCUGUGCGGCAACCUGCCGGGAGAGACAGAGAAACCACGGCGUCGGCUUGUUUCUUCUUGCUUUAAUCCUUUUCCAGCUGGGAAAAAAUUUAGAGAAAAAUUUUGUAACAUAAAAGUUAUAGUACACUAGAUUAGCGACUUGAUCAAUAUAUCUUUGCAUAGCAAGGUUGAUUCCAAACA